GUAAACAAAGCAGCGCUGCACUUAUACAGAGGCAAGACGAAAAGAAAAAAAUACCAUCUAAACUUUUCUAAAGACACUUUUCGCUUCACAAAAUGUUAACUGAUGGACUGGAGUGGUGUGGAUUACUUGUGAUGUUUUUAUCAGCUUUUUCGACUCUCGUUCUGACGGCACCCAUUCACUGCAGAGGAUACAUUGGUAUUAUGAGAAAGAGUCUGCAAACCAACCUGAUCAUCUCCAUCUUCUCUCUGGCCAUGUUGGACAUUCCUGAUGACUACAGACUGGAGCAGUAAUAGAAACCGUGUUUUUGACACUCAAAAUAUGUGCAAAUGUAAUUCCACAUUAUCUGCUCUGUGUCAUUGAUUUUCUUGGCUUUGUUUUAAAUGGCUGACAAGCAGAUCAGUCUGCCAGCUAAACUCAUCAAUGGAGGCAUUGCCGGGUUAAUUGGUGUCACUUGCGUGUUUCCGAUUGAUCUGGCAAAAACUCGCCUCCAAAACCAGCAAAACGGACCUCGCAUCUACGCUAGCAUGUCUGAUUGUCUGAUAAAAACCAUCCGGUCAGAAGGAUUCUGUGGGAUGUACAGAGGAGCUGCGGUUAAUCUGACUCUGGUAACUCCAGAAAAGGCCAUCAAACUGGCUGCCAACGAUUUCUUCAGACACCAGCUCUCCAAGGAUGGACAGAAGUUGACGUUGGUUAGAGAAAUGUUAGCUGGCUGCGGUGCUGGUACCUGCCAAGUGAUUGUAACCACUCCUAUGGAGAUGCUAAAGAUCCAGUUGCAGGAUGCCGGCAGAAUAGAGGCCCAGAGGAAGCUCAUUGGCCAGCAUGCCGGAGGAGGCGCAGCCAAAGUGAAUGUUGUUCACUUGAAGUCUCCCACGGCCCUCCAACUAGCCAUAGAUCUGCUGAAGGACAAAGGCAUCGCUGGUCUCUAUAAGGGACUGGGGGCCACUCUAUUACGGGAUGUGCCCUUUUCCAUCAUCUACUUCCCACUGUUUGCUAACCUGAAUAGCCUGGGCAGGAGGAACGCUGACGGUUCAGCUCCGUUUUACAUCUCCUUCCUUGCUGGCUGUUUUGCAGGCUGCGCCGCAGCUGUUGCGGUCAACCCUGUGGACGUGGUAAAGACCAGGCUUCAGUCUUUAGCCUGUGGAUAUCAUGAGGACACUUACAGCGGAGUGAAAGAUUGCAUCAGUAAGAUUCUCCGUCACGAGGGCCCCUCUGCGUUCCUGAAGGGCUCGUACUGUCGCGCACUGGUCAUCGCGCCACUGUUCGGCAUCGUACAGGUGGUUUACUUCCUGGGAGUCGGGGAAUUUGUUCUCAGUCUCCUGCCUGGACAAAAACGCUGAAUCUGUACUGUAGAUGAAGGUGCUGAUCUUGGAACAGUGGCUUGUAUUUGGACUGCAGAAGUUUCAGAUCAGCUUCACUCUUAAAAAUAAAGCGUUCUUCACAGCGAUGCCAUAGAAGAGCCAUUUUUAGUUCCACAAAGAACCAUUCAGUCAAAAGAACCCUCAUUCGCCACAAAGAAGCUUUUGAGAAACAGAAAGGUUCUUCAAAUGUUAAAGGUUCUUUAUGGAACCAUUUAGACAAAAAGGUUCUUCUAUGGCAUCGAGUGUUUGAGGACCAGUUUUCAUCAUCUAUCAGUACAGCAUGACAAUAGCUCUGUUCCAAAAGCUAGUGAGCACUGGGUUUUGAGAGAGAGUCGAUGUUUCCUUGCGUUAGAAGAUCUGGGCUGGCUUGAGUUGUUUGUAGGCCACACUUUGUUCCAUGCUAAAGCUAAAACCAACAGCUAAUUAUUGUUAUAUUACACAGAUUUAAAUUAUUGUAACAGCUGAGUAAAAAUUAUGUCAUACAUCAAAAAACCGAAGACAAUUUGUUUGGGGCUAAGUAAGGUUUUUUUUUUUUUUUAAACAAAUUAGUACUUUCAUUGAGCAAGGAUGCAUUGAAUUGAUAAAAAGUCACAGUAAAGACAUUUAUAAUGUUACAAAAGUUUUCUAUUUCAAAUAAUUGCUAAUGGACUUGGAUCAUGUGAAACUGAUGACUGGAGUAAUGAUGCUGAAAAUUCAGCUUUUCUUCAUAGGAAUAAAUUACUUUUUAUAAUAUAUUCACAUAUAAAACAGUUAUUUUAAAUUGUAAUAUUAUUUCAUAAUAAUACAGUUUUUUGUGCAUAUUUGUGAGCAUAAGACACAUUAAAAAACCUUAC